UGUAGCAAAAUCCCCUCCAGAAACUAUCAUUGUUUACCGUGGAAAGAACUAUGUAGAACCGGAAGUAAUGCCACCUCCAAAUACAUUAUCAAAAGUGAAGGCAAUUUCCUUUGCAUUUGUUAUUCAUUGACCAAAUGUAUUUAUGAGCUUAGGUUCUAUCGUUUGAAGGCCAAGAAAAAGAUGAUUUCCCCAAAUCUAGAAGUUAGAAUUAGAUAUAAGCUUGAAAAGGUUGGAUAUCAUUGCGACUAUAAUUUUUAUGCCUCAUAUAGGCUGGAAAGAGGCAUUGUUCCUUUCCUCCUUAAUUUUUCCUUUUCUAACUUGCAGUCUUUUAUUUUAACUUAUAAUUCUAAAGGCCAAGCAAAAGGAAACUUGGAGCUAAGAAAAUUUGAUGUAGCAAAAUCCCCUCCAGAAACUAUCAUUGUUUACCAUGGAAAGAACUAUGUAGAACCGGAAGUAAUGCCACCUCCAAAUACAUUAUCAAAAGUGAAGGCCUUGGAGAAAUAUAGGUAUGAGCAGUCCCUUGAACAUACUAGCCAGUUCAUUGAAAGGUUGGAGAAAGGGCUUGAAGAGUAUCAUCAACACCUUGCAAAGUUUAAAAAUGGGAAAAAUGAUAUUGCUAAAGAUGUUAAUUUAGCUGGUAUGUUACUAUUAAAAAAAGUUAAAUUACUUAUUUGGUCCCUAUAGUUUCAUCAUUUGUACCUUAUAGUUUUAAAAUGGUUUUUUUAGUCCCUAUAUUUUACAUUUUAAUUUUCUUUUAGUCCUUGUAAUUUGAAAGUGGUUUUUUGUCCUUAUA